AUUGAAGUGAAGCAAAAGCAAUAAAGUGUUUUCUGUUAUACUCUCCUUCAAAUUCGCAGUGCCCCUCGUAUAUUAAAAAGUACUUUUGUAUUCAAAACACGAAUCAUGAUCAAAUUGAAAAUCGAAAGUGUAAAAAUUAAGUGUUCUUGCUAUCCUGUACCGUAAAAGGCUAUCAUAAAUGAUUUUCACUGUAAGAAUAAUUAACAAUGUCAUAAAAAUCAUCACGAGGCUCGUGACGCUAAUACUGAAUCAACAACAAAAUCAACGAGUGUGAACGAUUUUUAUUGAUUCAAUAAAUUAUAGAUAGUGAUAAUAUAAUAUAAAAAAAAUCCAUCCACAAUCUUGUGUGAAUCAAAAUAUAUCCAGACCAUAUAAUCAGCUUAUCAAACAAUUGUUUUAAUUCGUAUAACCUCGUCUUAAGUAUACAUACUUCAGCGUUGUGUUUGGAAAAUCAUGUGACUAAAAUUCUAGUUAACCAUCUCAAUUCAUUACAACAGCUGCUUCAUAGGUGUGGUGAUUUAAAACAGUGAGCUCCGUUCAAUUUUUUUUAUUAUAAGGAAAGACAUUAAAACCUCCACAAAAUGGGAGGGAUGUUUAGAAGCGAGGAGAUGGCACUCGCCCAAGUCUUCAUCCAACCCGAAGCUGCUUAUUACGCAAUUUCAGAAUUGGGAGAAACAGGAUGUGUGCAAUUCAGAGAUUUAAAUGAAGAAGUGAACGCUUUCCAAAGAAAAUUCGUGCAAGAAGUACGACGAUGCGACGAAAUGGAAAGAAAAUUAAGAUACAUAGAGACAGAAGUAAGAAAAGAUAACGUUAAGAUACCUGACGUCGGAGAGUUACCGAAAGCUCCGAAUCCCCGUGAAAUAAUAGAUUUAGAGGCUCACCUCGAAAAAACUGAAGGGGAUAUAAAAGAAUUAUCAGAGAGUGCCGUAAAUCUCAAAUCAAAUUAUCUGGAACUAACAGAACUGAAACAUGUUCUUGAAAAGACACUAGCAUUUUUUAACGAACAAGAUGAAGCCAACGGACUAUCCGAUUCCGUUCACAAGUCACUUAUACCUACCGAAGAGCACAACGUCUCUAUUAGAGGCCGGUUAGGAUUCGUUGCUGGAGUAAUCAACAGAGAAAGAGUACCCGCAUUCGAAAGAAUGCUGUGGCGUAUAUCAAGAGGUAACGUUUUCAUUCGGCAAGCUGAAAUAGAAAAACCCAUGGAAGACCCAAUUACAGGAAUCGAACAUCACAAGACCGUUUUUGCAGCUUUUUUCCAAGGAGAACAACUCAAAACCAGAAUUAAGAAAGUUUGUGCUGGUUUUCACGCUUCUUUGUAUCCGUGCCCAAGUACUUUAGCUGAAAGAAAUGACAUGUUACAAGGAGUGCGAACACGUCUUGAGGAUCUUAAUUUGGUGUUGAACCAAACUAGAGAUCAUCGCCAAAGAGUUCUCGUUAGUGUUGCUAAAGAAUUACAAAAUUGGAGUGUUAUGGUAUGCAAAAUGAAAGCUAUCUAUCACACGCUGAAUUUUUUCAACAUGGAUGUUACUAAAAAAUGUUUGAUCGGUGAAUGUUGGGUACCGAGUAACGACAUCAACACGGUUCAAAAAGCUUUAGCUGACGGAUCCAAAGCUUGCGGAAGUUCAAUUCCAUCUUUCUUAAACAUUAUAAACACCACCGAAUCUCCUCCAACUUUCAAUAGAACCAACAAGUUCACCAGAGGAUUCCAGAAUUUGAUUGAUUCCUAUGGUGUUGCAUCAUACAGGGAGGUAAAUCCAGGUCUUUAUACCAUCAUCACGUUUCCAUUUUUAUUUGCCGUGAUGUUCGGUGACGUCGGCCACGCAAUUAUUAUGUUCAUUUUUGGUUUAUGGAUGGUUAUAUCAGAAAAAAAAUUCCUCGCUCAAAAAAAUAAAAGUGAAAUAUUUGCUAUAUUCUUUGGAGGCAGAUACAUUAUCCUUCUUAUGGGUUUAUUCUCCUUUUACACUGGAUUUAUAUACAACGAUAUAUUUUCCAAAUCUAUGAACAUAUUUGGUACACGAUGGUUUGUCAACCAUACUUCAGAAGAAAUACUAGCUGAAGAUGAGAUAGAUUUAAUACCCAGUACUAAUUAUAAAGGCACACCCUAUGUAUUUGGACUUGAUCCAGUCUGGCAGUCAGCCACAAACAAAAUUAUAUUUUUAAAUUCUCUGAAGAUGAAAAUGUCCAUAAUUCUAGGAAUAACACAUAUGUUGUUCGGUGUCAUUUGCAGUACAUUUAACUACAUACACUUCAAGAAAUAUUACAGUUUAGUACUUGAAUUUAUACCACAAAUAUUGUUGUUAAUUUUCCUAUUCUUGUACAUGGUAAUAAUGAUGUUUAUGAAAUGGGCAUGGUAUUCUGGAGAAUAUGACAACUCUACCGAUAGCGAACUUCUAAAACAUAGCUCCUCGUGUGCCCCUUCUGUACUUAUCUACUUCAUUAAUAUGAUGUUAAUGUCUGCAAGUACAGCGCCAAAUGAUAAUUGCGAUAUUUACAUGUAUCCAGGACAAGACCUUGUUCAAAAAAUUUUAGUGUUUGGUGCUCUAAUAUGUAUACCUGUGAUGUUACUAGGAAAACCUUUGUAUAUUAUGCGUCAAAGGAAAAAUCAAAUGAAAAACGGAAGCGUCAAGCUAGUAAGUAAUAAAACCAACGGUGAUGUAAACCUUGGAAUGGAACUGGAAGAAGUCGAUAACAAUCACCAAAAUGUUGCCGAAACGUCUUCCCAGCAUCACGAGAAAGAUGAAGAUGAGGAACCUAUUAGUGAAGUUUUCAUUCAUUCUGCAAUUCACACUAUUGAAUAUACGCUUAGUACGAUAUCUCAUACAGCUUCGUACCUGCGUUUAUGGGCCUUAUCUCUUGCUCACGCCCAAUUGUCAGAAGUACUGUGGAGUAUGUUAUUCUCUAAAAUAGCCUUACAGAGAUCUGGUUAUGUAGGAGUAGCGUUCAUUUUCAUAUUAUUCGCAGCCUGGUCAUUUUUCACAGUCGCCAUUCUAGUACUCAUGGAAGGAUUGUCGGCGUUUUUGCACACUUUGCGUUUACAUUGGGUGGAAUUUAUGAGCAAAUUUUACGCUGGUGUCGGAUACAUAUUCCAACCGUUCAGUUUUAAGAGAAUUUUGGAAGAAGAAGAUGCAGAAGCUUAAAUCGAAGAGUAUUUUCAAAAAUGUUAAUUAAUUGUAGAAAAAAAAGCAAUAUAUUUGUAAUUAGAUUGUCUCAACUUGUUUUAAUUGAAGUUAUUUUGUUGAAUAAUAAAUGUUUGCAAUAAUCAAU